AACUUAAUAUAAUGAAAAAUUGCUUAUUUAUUAGGAUGUCAUCGAUGAAAAUGGUAAACACGGCGGCUGUUGUGGCAAGUGUAAUGUAAGCAUAAAAAAAGACUGAUGUGGCUUAAUGUCCCAAAACUGUCACUAGUCAUCGCCAAAAUUUACAUGGACAUCUCCACGCAUGGCAGCUUCAACUUUUGGAAAUACAGUAUUACAAGGAUCAGCCCAAUAUUUUGGAUUUCACUGACACACAAGGCAGGAGAGAAGUUUGUUCUCAUCUCUCACUUUCUUGUUUUCAACCAAUAACACAUCAUGCAGUAGUCCCACGAGCCACCCCAAAUUCCUGAAAGGUCAUUGACGUUUUGGUUCAUUACCUAGCUAUUUUCUUAACUUUACAGUACAGUAUAUAUAAAAAUAAAUACAGCUUCACAUCUUUGUCAACAAUGAUGGAUUGGUUUGUGUUAAAAAAAUAUGUCAAAGUGGCCCUUAAAACUAUAAUCUGAGAUUUCUGGCGCCCCCUUAUGCUGGAAUUCAGCAUUACAACAAAGCCUUCAUUGCUUCGAUAUGACGUAGGCUAAAUGCUUGUAUGUCCUCCUCCUUCCAACCCUAUAUGCUUUCUCCUUUCUAUAUGGUUCAGUCGACCUUGCGCGCUGUCCAUAUAUGGGCCGGCCCGUUCGUAGGUAAAAUACACCUUUUCCGCUAUGUCAUUUUAGCGCAUAUAAAUGCAUACGUAUAUCUGUGACCUGGAAAUACACCAGUCCCAUUCUCUGCCUGCAUUGCGCCACAGCGCCAGUAAUCAACAGCGGCGAAUUCUGGAACUGACAGACUUUGUCAACGUCAAUGUAAUUGACAAAUGUAAACUAUUUUUGGAAACAUUGUUAAGUCCCAACGGUCCGAUUUAUCCGAUAGUCAUUAUAUCGGGCUUUGUUUUAUCGUGGUUCCACUGUAUUUGCUUUUGCGGGCCAAAACAUGAUGUGGCGGGCCGGAUCUUCCCACCGAGCUAUGAGUUUGGCACCUGUGGUGUAGAGCCCUGACUGGAUUAUUCUCGUGUAACUAUUGUGUCUGCUAGUAGUUCUACAUGUAGCUGGUAAUGCCUUUCAUUCCAUACGUGGCUACCUGACACACAAAUGCACACGCACGCACACACACACACACAUACACAUACACACACACACACACACGGUGCCUCCCGAGAUCCUCUACAAAUAAGCUGAGCUCCUGGACCUCAAAGCAUUUUGUGGUCUUACUUUGGCUCAAGGGUGUACAUUUGUUGGAGUGUUUUGACAAGAGAGUGCGGUUUACAGAAGAAUUGGAAAAGUCCCUUAAAUUGGAGCAUCAGGAUUGGGGGCCCCAAGCAAGAGAAAGCAUAUUGAAUUUUUGUGCUCUUUCUGACUCACCAUGUUGCCACAAGAGGGCGCCAAAGCCCUGCUAAUGGCAAAGUAGGAAUUGGUGUCAAAGAAGUAAACUAUAUUGUAGGGCUGCAUGAUUAUGGCCAAAAUAAUAAUUAUUUUAAUCAAUAUUGUAAUCACGACUAUUAAUCAUGAUUAUUCUUCGUUAGGAAAAAAUAUUUUAUUUUUAUUGCACUACUUUAUAACAAACAAUAGGUAACAGUUCAAAAUGAAUCUUUAAAUAAGAAUAAAUGAUAGAUAAUCAUUUUUAAAGAAGUACCCAAAAAAUUCUACUUUAGCAAGGGCUAACUGAAUAAAUGUGCUAUUACAAAGUGCAAUCACGGAUUGUAACUUAUUGGAAGCAAAUACAGUUAGUGCAUAAAACACAAUAAUAAUAGGCUUCCAAGCUUCGAGUUUUCAUUUGAAAAUCCCCGUCGUCACUGUUUUGAAGUUGGCACCGGUGCACAGGGCAGUGAAGCCUUAACCAUGCGUUUGCUCCCUGGUGGCUGGCUGACUAGGUUGCUGGCACUGCUGCAAAUUAAGCACUUUUCAUAUGCAGCAGUGUCUGCAUUUUAAAUGUAAAAAAUCUGCGACCAUCAGGCUCAUCUAAUCGUGGCAGCCAAAAUCGCAAUCACGAUUAAAAUUUGAUUAAUUGUGUAGCCCUACUACAUUGCCAAAAGUAUUCGCUCACCUGCCUUGACUCACAUCUGGGGCCUCGUGUACAAAGACUUGCGUGGAUUCCCUACUGUAACAUGGCGUACGCUUAAACCUAGAAAACUUCAUAAGCACCAAAACAUCCAGAUGUAUGAAUCUGUACGUACACAUGAAUCCAAGCACAUUUCCUUUGUACAGUACAUCCCAAUCAACGUGGAAUUGAGCACACAUGUUGGAGUAGCUAAACCCUCCCUGUCCACGUCCCACAUAAAUAUGCAAAUCAUAUUUAAUUAGCCCUGAACCUGAGAUCCCAAUCUCUGCACGAACAGAAAAAAAGAAAAUGAGCAAGGCACUGAAGAAAAAUAUUUUUUUUGAAUGUGAAGUUGAGACGCCGCUCAAUGAAGUGGAGGCGCACAAGAAAAUCCUCUUCGGCACACUGUCCUCUGGUGUUAACAACAAGCGAAAGAGGAGUAAAUGGGACAGCGUGUGCGGCUGUCAAUGCUGUGGGGUCAGAACAGCGCACACACGCUCAACUCAAAAAGAAGUGGUCAGCCAUAAAGGUGGAUGUGAAGCGGAGGACAGCUGCCCACCAUCAAAGUGUGGACAAAACAGGCGGAGGAACCAGCGCGGAGGGCCUCACUCCGUUUGAGGAGAGAGUCACUGCAAUCAUGGGUGACAUUGCUCUCUCAGGGGCGGUGGGAGCACACGUGGGUGACUCUGAUUACCCUCAAGGAGAGGACACGCAGUCGCAGCCAAGUGCUACAUGUUCGGGGGAUUCCUCCACCCGUCCCUGGUGUCACAGACGCGGAGGAUUCGUCCACUGUUCCUGGCAUCUCCUCUGCCAUCCCCAACAUCUCCGACGCAGUUAUGCUCCAACAAUCGGCUGCUGCUGCCUGCCCGACUGGCUGUGUCCUCAUCCGUGGUGUGUUGGUGUCACAAGAAGAAGAGAUUGGGACCAGAAGUUUGGGACAAUGCGAGUCCACGUGCACCCCAGAUUUUGUUUCCUGUGUGUGCUCACAUUCCUCUAUCACCAGUCCAGCCACUGUCACGGAAACGGGCACCAUCAGCAGCACCGCGGCCAUCAUCACGCCAACCACACGCACAAUGACCUGCAGAUUUCCGAGGCUCCAUAUGUGAGAAGACCUACUCCCACUGCAGAGUUUACCCAUCAUAAGGAGGGUUCUUUAAAAGAAGAGCAGCACUUCUACAUCCAGCAGUUGUUCAGGCGUUAUGGCAAGAAGGACCGACUUGAUUUCCAAGGAUUUAAGAGUCUCCUGGUUAGCCUAGGUCUUGGCAAAGUGAAAGUGGUAGACAUGGAUCACGACAAUCUCGGGCACGACCACGUCGCUCAUCUAGACAUUCUCGACGUGCAGGAGGGCCUCCAUACGCACGGCGAAACUCGUGGCAACGUUCAUCACAGUCCCGGCACCCACCAGCCGCACACAGAACAAGGUCCCACGCAGUGCAGUCAGCACACCACCGCAGCCAGCACACCUCCCGGCGCAUCGAGAGAACACCCCCAUAAACACAAUCAUGAUCAUAAUCACACCCACAGUCAUAUGCACGAUGCAGACCAUAGACCCGAUCAUGCCGAGGAGGAUGACGGCGAACACUCUGAACACGCACAAAUGAACACAGAUAUGGCUCCCACUAACCUGGAACAUCAGUCUUCUGCCCAAACGGACACGCCUCACAUCCCUCAAGACCUGCUGUCUUCUACUGCCCCCACAGACGCUAAGCCCAAGAGGCCAAGAAAACCAGGAAAGGUCAGAGGACAACGAGGGCAAAACAAAACUCUAUCACCUCCCACAGCCCUGUCUGAUAACCACGACCACAAAAAUGGAGUCGAUCAUGGUCAUGACUAUUCUCAUAAAGACAAACGAGAAGCACCAGGGGGGCCCAACACUGCAACAGUUCCAGGCCCUAUUCUGUCUGGACAUGCAGGUGGCUUGUCUCAUCAGCAUGAGGAGUGUUUGAACCUGACCCAGCUCCUCACCUACUACGGGCUGAGUCCCAACUCCCUCAUCUCUCCGAGCCAAUUCACCUAUUUGUGCCCCGCCCUGCUGUACCAGAUAGACAGCCGCGUGUGUAUCCGCCAUUAUCACCAGAUGGACGUGGAGCAGGAAGCCUUGGAGAAUGUCAAUUCUGUGUGGACCUGGGUGUGGGGCUUCGUGUCCAUCACCAUCAUCAGCCUGCUGUCUCUGCUGGGAGUUAUUUUGGUGCCCAUCCUCGACCAGUCCUGCUUCAAGUUCCUGCUCACCUUCCUGGUAGCCCUGGCUGUGGGCACACUCAGCGGAGAUGCUCUCCUUCACUUACUGCCUCAUUCUCAAGGGCAGCAUGACCACAGUGACGUGAGCCAUGGCACUGAUCUUGUGACAGACUUUGAUGGAGUGUGGAAGGGCUUGACUGCGUUGGCCGGCAUUUACCUCCUCUUCAUUUUUGAGCAUUGUAUCGGCAUGUUUAAGCACUACAAGGAUCAAAGGAAUGAAUGUGUUUCUACUUGUAAGUCCGCGAAGAAUGCGAGUCAAGAGGGCAAGAUUGGCAGGAAGUUGUCAGAUCACAAAUUAAAUCGCCGCUCCGAUGCAGAAUGGGUGCAUCUGAAGGCGCUCGGUGAUGACCCCGACACCAGUGCCGUCUCCUGCGACAAUGACCACAAUGACACGCAAUUCACAGAGCUCCAGACGCCCGACUCCCCCACCAACAAGACGCCGCUGAAACCUGCCGACGCCCACCGGUCGCCCGCUAAGGUGAACGGACACAAGGUCAAGCAGCACAGUCACGGCCACAGCCACUCCCAUGGUGGGAACUGCCACUCGGAUCAGGAGAUGAAGGACGCCGGAAUAGCCAGCAUCGCCUGGAUGGUCAUCAUGGGUGAUGGCAUGCAUAACUUCAGCGAUGGGCUGGCCAUCGGCGCAGCAUUCAGCGCAAACCUCACAGGAGGCAUCAGUACCUCCGUGGCUGUUUUCUGCCACGAACUACCUCACGAACUCGGUGACUUUGCCGUGCUGCUGAAAGCGGGCAUGUCGGUGAAACAGGCCAUCGUCUACAAUCUGCUCUCAGCCCUCAUGGCCUACGUGGGCAUGCUAAUCGGCACAGCUGUGGGCCAGUACACACACAGUGUCACCAGCUGGAUCUUCGCCGUCACAGCCGGCAUGUUUCUCUAUGUGGCUCUGGUGGAUAUGCUGCCGGAGUUGCUCCACGGCGACAGCGAGGUGCACAAGCGCUGCCAGCUGGGACACUUUAUCCUGCAGAACCUGGGAAUGCUGACCGGGUUCGGCAUCAUGCUGCUGAUCGCCAUCUUCGAGGACCGCAUCGUCUUUGACUUUGGCUUUUAAAGUGACGCCAACAGGAAGGUGAAGCGUAGAGCUUUUCAGUAUUUUUCUUCUCGGAGUCACAUUCAUGACCCUGAAUGUCAUUUGUCAAAUUCCACUGCUCAUCCUUUGACAAACUCCAGCAAGAGAAUUUGCCUAAAUAAGACCCAAAAGCCCCAACUUGGAAGCAGGCAGCCAAUAGACAGAUAGGCAAAUUCGAAUUAUUAUUUUUUUUGCCUCCGCCAUUCGGUCAAAGUUUGACGAUCAUUUUAAGUAUUUAGUAGUUAUUUAUAGAGAUCUUUUUUGACCCGGCUGCUCUUAGUGUAACACACUACCGCUGCUACACCAUGUUUAACUGUGUUUCGAAAAUGAAUGCCGUUCAUGUUUGACACCAUGUUUAACUAAUGUGUUCACAAAAUGGAUGCCGUUCAUGUUCGUGUUAGCAAUGAGAUGAUGAGCUUGAAAUCCACGAGACCUCAAGAAAACUUUGCAGAAGACUUUCAGUCUUGUCUGUUAUUCUUUUUCUUGUUCAUAUACGUUGAUUUUAGUUUAUUUACACCAAGCGGUGCUUUUGCUUAAAUAGUGAGACAUCGUGUGUAGCUCACCAAUGACACAUGGGUAUCUCACUUGAAGCUUGAAUUUGCAAAAUACAAGGUUAAUUGUUUACUCCUGUGAAAAGUGUGGAUUUCCACUUAGGAUUCUCUGUGUCUUCCUGCUGUUAGGUGUGUAGCUAAACAACCAGUGACGUCUUUUAUAGCGUGUUCAUGAUGUAUGGGCUUUCCCAUACUCAAAAACUUAUUCAUCCUGGUAGCUGGCGUGACCUAAAAAAAAACCUACUAUAAAAAUUCAGCCCCGAAGUCAGUGGCAUGCCUGAACAUGGAAUUUCUUACGCCUGUCUAUAAGGAGUAGACCUACAAAAACGUCUCAAGAAGCCAUGCCCCAAAACAUACAGGUUUCUGCCAUUUUGGUUUGAAGCAAGCAUUUUAGUCAUGUUACUCAUUUCCAUAGCUGAUUCAAAGAAAGUUUAGCCCCUGAAGGUGUUUUAACUUAGCGUGAAACAUGAAAUUUGGCAAGCAUGUCUAUUGCAGGCGGCACGGUGACCGACCGGUUAGCACAUCUGCCUCACAGUUUGGGGGACCGCGGUUCAAAUCCAAGCCCCGCCUGUGUGGAGUUUGCAUGUUCUCCCCGUGCCUGUGUGUGUUUUCUCCGGGUACUCCGGUUUCCUCCCACAUCCCAAAGACAUGCAGGGUAGGUUAAUUGAAUACUCUAAAUUGCCCAUAGGUGUGAAUGGUUGUUUGUUUCUAUGUGCCCUGCGAUUGGCUGGCGACCAGUUCAGGGUGUACCCCGCCUCUCGCCCGAAGUUUGCUGGGAUAGGCUCCAGCACACCCGCGACCCUAACGAGGAUAAGCGGAACAGUCGAUGAAUGAAUGAAUGUCUAUUGAAAGUAUACCCUCAGAAACACAUCUUAGACACAGCAAGUCUGCUAUUGUUUUGCAGGGGCAAUUUUAUGAGCAUUUUGCCUAUUUUCAGAAAUGGCUUUAUUUAAUCCCUCAUAAACCAGUUUCACUUGGCAACAUGAAAUCUGGGUGACAUAUUUAUCAUGAGUAGACCCACCAAAAGCAUGUCAAGAACCCAUGACCCAAAAAAAACACUAACUCUGCCAUUUUGAUUUAAAGCGGCCAUUUUGGGGUAAUUCCGCCCAGGCAUCCUUCAAAAGCGAACUUGUCCUAAAAAGCUUUUGUUUAAAAUUCAGCCCCCAGAAGCCAGUUUCACUUGUCUACCAAAUUUCAGUCAUUAAUUUAAUUAUUAAUUAAUUAAAGUCUCAAGCAGCCAUGCCUGAAAAGACACCGGAAGUCUGCCACGUUGGCCAUUUUUGUCAGUCCUUCAGACGACUUGUCCUAGCUGUUUUUGUCUGGUUGACAAAUAUUUUGAAGAAUAUUUACCACAAUCCAAAUUUUAAAAUGCAACACACAGUCUUUAUUGAGCAGCAAUGAUAAAUGAAAACUCGUAUCUCAAGGCACCGCUGCUAAGUACUCCUGACCGAGACAGAUGGAACUCUUACCGCAGACCAAACAAAAUCCUCGUGUUGGCCUUUAGCACAACCUCCUUUCUGUGCUGUGACUCCAAGCCAAGCGAUACCGACCCGUGAGUGAUUCUUCCAUGGAGGCCAACAGUGUCCAAUUUUGACGAGCUAGUGGCUGGUGCAUGACAUCACCCCCCCCCCAAAAAAAAAAUCAUCUCCUUCCCUUCCAUCGACAUUCCAUUGCUGGUUCUGCUGCUAACGAGCUAAGGUACAUCGCCGAGUUUCAGCUGCUAGAACAUAAAGUAGACAUGUUUGUGCGCGUGUGUGCGACCAUUUAACCUGUCACCAUGUGACAUGAUUCAUGUUUUUUUUUUUUUUUUGGAGUCACUCCUGUAGAUCAUCCCGAUCGUAGCAUGACCAGCAACUGGUGCUUACUUUUUUGUGUGAUGACUGUAAAAAUUGAUUUGUACUGCCAAGUUCCAAUAUGGACUCACCUUGAUUAGUGUUUAGCUUUGUGGCUAAAAGCAAACAGAAAAGACAGACGGUUGUUUUUUUUAACCCUCCCAUUAUCUUUUGUGGGUCAAAAUGACAGAUUUUAUAGUUAAAGAAAUCAAUAAAAGCAGUUCUGCUUGAAAUGGUUAUUGGAGUUAUGAGAUAUAAUGGUUUCUGACACUUUUGGAUCAUUACACAUGCCGCGGGUCAAAUUGACCUGGAAGCAUUAUUGCUGUUCCUGAGAAACAAACAUGAAACAGGAGGGUUAAAGGAAGGCUUCACAUGUUUGUACUGCCCUUUUCCAUUCUCUCAAAUGCAAUUGUUCACUGUGUCUUUAUCAUGUUUACUGUAUUCAUUUGGUUCAGCUGUUGUAUUUUAAAUCAAACUUUCAGCUUAUAAAUUAUUUCCAUUGGGACGCCAUGCACACGUGAUACUCUGAAGAUUGUUUUGUUCAAAAUCAUUGUGUAAAAAAUGAAGGUCAAAAAUCUUGUUAGCUAUGUUGUAUGUUUAUUGUCUUUGCUGUUAUGCUGUCCCUAAAAAAUGGACAAUAAAAAUAUUUCGCAUCAAUUUAUAUA